AUGGUGAGACGCAAGAAGACCAACCAAAAGCCAGCUAAUAGAUCUAGGGUAAAUGAUUCUCCAUUGAUCCAGAAAGCUUGUGAGGAAAAAGUGACUGAUGCAGAUGAAGAUGUGCCGGAGGAAAUGGAAGAAGUUUUCAAGGAUUCGAUGGUGGAGUUCCCAGAAGUUGGGGAUCGAGGAAUGAGGGAAACUGAUGAGAGUUUAGCUGGAAUGAUGCGAAACGGAUUCAUCAAGAGAAUUUGGGGUAAGCUAGGUAUAGACAGAGUUGAUCGAUUGAAUGCUGGGUAUAAUCUAGUGAAAUUCAGAGAUGAAGCAACAAGAGACUUGGUUUUGGAAGCUGGGGUGCUACACUUUGAUAGGAAACUAGUGAAAGUGAAGCCUUGGACCGCUGAUCUAGACACUCUUAAGGCUGUGAAAUCUGUUCCAGUUUGGAUUAGACUUCCGGGGCUUGGAUUGCAAUAUUGGGGUACCAAGUGUUUGAGCGCCCUUAUGAGUACAAUUGGGAAUCUGAUUCUAGUUGAUAAAGUUACUAAGGAUAGAACAAUGAUGCAAUUUGCUAGAGUGUUGGUUGAGAUAGAAAUAACAGAGAAGGUCCCUAAAUCCAUUCAGUUUAUCAAUGAAAAGGGGCAGCCAAUGGAGCAACUUUUAGAAUUUGAAUGGCUUCCAACUCAGUGUAAAGAAUGCAGGGUUUUUGGUCAUACUGAGAUGAUGUGUAAUAGGAAACAAAAGGAGAUAUGGAGGCAGAAAAGCAGAAAUGAAGAGGAGGAGACUAAGCAAGACCCCAAGAAGCAGCGACCAUUAACAAAGGAUAAGGAGAUAACUACUGGGGGUUGUGAUAUUGGUCAACAACAGACAGAUGCUACGGAAGUAAAGGAGUCUUAG